UUUUGAGUUGUGCUUCGCGACGGUUGUUGAUCUAUCUCAAGUGCUCCCACGAAUACGAAAUAUGCACACGAAUCUGCCCAAUUGAGCAUCAAGCGAAUAAAACUAGUGCCAAACGAAGCGAUAAUUGUGAUCAAUAAAAACAACGAAAUACAAACGAACAGCAAUCUAAUAUACUAAGUUAAGCCACUAAAUAAGUAAGGCAAGAGCAAGAGUGCAAGGUGCAACACAAUAUUCAUUCCACAUAGUCAGUGAUUACCUCAUCUGUGUGUAAAUCAAGCCAACAGAAUGGUAUCAAAAAGUAAUAAAAAGAAACAAGUGUCGCAGUCGUCGUCGCAGUCGACGUCGCAGCCGCCAGCCACAUCAAGCACAACCACAUCGGCCUCGGCYUCGGCGACCAAAUUAACCAAAAAACUGGGACCGAAUGCGACGGCAACGCUAACGACCAACACCAGCUCGUCGUCAAUGGAGCAUGAAUCUGUCUCGUAUGGGGCGACGCCGCCUGACGCCACCGGCCGCAGCUCCGGCAGCAACACCUUGCUGAAGGAAGGUGAAAGUCUGCUGGCAGCUGGUGGCUCCAGCUACAGUUCCAGCUCGUACACAGCGAAGAAAACUCAAUUGCAAUCUCAGUCACAGACACAGCAAUCGGAGCUGUUUAGCAGCAGCAGCAGUUCCAAAAUCUUUAAGGACUUCUCGGACGAAAAGAUCAUUGCGUCAAUUGAUCUGCUGGAGAGCGAAAAGAAGGAACCGGUAUUCUCGGUACCUAUUGAGGUGGUGGAAAUCACAGCUCCUGCUGGCCUCAUUAGCUCUGCCAGCAGUGGCAGCAUAUCCAAAAUGUAUGCGUCCACAUCAAAGGUGUCCAGUAGCCGACAGCAGGCGAGCAGCUCCAGUUACUUUGAGUCUUCCACAACCAGUUCCAGCCAGCAGCAGCAGCAGCAGCAGCAGCAGCAACGGAUCGAUGCUAGUGAAACGCUCAUUGCAAGCGAGAGAGCGGCUACCGGUAUGACAUCAUCCACAUUGUCGAACAGCAAAUUCGUUGAUGUGGCCGAACAGGUUGUCAGCGAUAGCAGCAACACGAACACGAUCACCAAUACAAACAUCAACAUCAACACCAACGCCAACGCCAACACCAACACUAACACCAGCACCAGCACCAGCACCACUACGAACAUCAACACCAACACUAGCGAAUCUCAGAGCGUGCCAAAGUCGGUGCUUGGAACAGCUGCUGUGGGUGUCUCUGCUGAUUCGUCAUCAACAACAACAACAACAACAACGGCGAAAUCGAUGACGUCGCAACGUAAACCGGUUCCGACCACAACAAACAUUGCGACGUCAUCGACGUUGAAUGAGCUGGCUAGCAGCAGCAGUAGCACCAAGAACAGCAACAACAACACCUCCUCAAUAUCAACAACAGCUGUUAACUUUGAUGUGGAGAAGGCAACGUCAUCGCAGACCAAACUGAGCAGCAGUAAGGAGGUCAAUAGACGUGAAAGCACAACAAAUCAGAGCAGCACAAAACAAUCAACGGCCUCGUCCAAGAAAGAAGUGUACGAUGUGAAGACAAAGACCUGGACAGAGUACAGCGAGGGCAGCCCACCACAUGGCAGCAACAAGAAGGUGCCCACGUUUGAGCGAUACGUGAGCAAAGACACCGAUGGCACCACCAAAAUCACAUAUAAGAAGAAGAUAUACGACAGGCGCAACAAUCGGUGGCGCGUGGUGGACGAGCGCACAGUGGAUAGCAGCAAUGAUGUCGGCUACCCAGAAAUAGUUGAUGAUGUCAUCAAUACAACGACCACAACAUACACCACCAAGGUGUACGACACCAAGCUGGGCAAGUGGACAGUCGUGGACGAGAAAUCGUAUACGGACUCGAAAGCUUUUGUGCCGAAUGACAUAGCUCGUGAAAUCGAAAAAGAUAACACCGAUGUUGCAAACAUAACGACAACAACAGAGGUGACAAAGAUAUUCGAUGCUAGCAUUAACGACUGGCGCGUCCUCGAUGAGAAGGUGCACACGGAUGUCAUCGAGAAAAUUGUGGAGGCUCCCAAGAAAACAAUCUAUGUGGAUGAGUUUGUGGAAAUUGAGAAGAAUACAUCCAUAUCGGAGAACAAUGAAAAUAUCACAUUGAAUCUGAACGAGACAUCGAAACACAAAAAUAUUACGGAGAAUAUUUAUGAUGAAAUCGAUUAUGUGCGCACCGACAAGAAACGCCUAAACGAUUCAAGAACUCGUGGAGUCGACAAGGACAGAACAACAACACACAGUGAGAAAUGUAUCUGUGAAAUAUGCACUUGCGGCCGUCAUCAUUGCUCUACCAGCACCACAAAGUCCACAGAAAUUGUUGAAAUAGAUGAUAAUGUUGACGAAACUUAUACAAGGAUACGUACUAACACUUGGUCCAAGAAAGAUGAUAACAUUCCUAAGAAACCUGAAGACAUAUUUGUAGAUUAUAUUGUGAUAAAGAAACCCGAAGACAAUCUUAAGACCGAGGGAGAGUUUAUAGUUCCAGAAAAAGAGCCUUACAAGCCAGGCGAAAGACGUGAAAAAAUUAUACAUACUGAUAAUCUGCGUAUGGACGGAGAAAUGACAUUUGUCGAAAAAGAGGAAUAUCAAUAUGUCGUUCGCCCUGGAUACGUUAAGCCUGCAGAUAAUCUGAAGCCUGAAGGAGAAUUCUUCAGUCCUCAGAAACCUAAAUAUCAGCCUGGCGAUCGCCCAACUCAAGUACGACACGCAGAUAAUUUAAAGCCGGAAGGCGACUUUUAUGCCCCAGAAAAAAUUGAAUUUCGCCCAGCUGAGCGUCCAUCGCAAGUCAGGCCGGAAGAUAACUUGAGACCUGAAGGCGAAUUUUAUACUCCAGAUAAGCCUGGUUACAAGCCCGCGGAGCGUCCUACUCAAAAGAAACCUGUUGACAAUCUCAAGCCCGAAGGUGAAUUUGUCGCACCCGAAAAACCAGCGUACCGACCAGCAGAUAAAACAGAACGAAUCAUCAGGCACGAUAAUCUGCGAACUGAAGGUGAAAUGACUUUUGUGGAAAAGAAGCAAUAUCAAUAUGUGGUCCGCCCUGAGCAGGUGAAGCCAACGGAUAAUCUAAAGCCCGAAGGCGAAUUUUAUAGUCCUGAAAAGCCAAAGUAUCGUCCAGGUGAACGUCCAUCUCAAGUGCGACCGGAGGAUAACUUGAAACCUGAGGGCCAGUUCUACACUCCAGAUAAACCAGGAUAUAGACCUGCCGAUCGUCCGGUACAAAAGAUUCCACAAGACAAUUUGCGGCCAGAAGGUGAUUUUUACACUCCUGAAAGGCCAAAAUAUCAGCCAGGUGAACGGCCUUCUCAAGUACGACCAGGAGAUAAUUUAAAGCCAGAGGGGGAUUUCUAUACUCCAGAUAAACCCGGAUACAGACCGGCUGAGCGUCCAGAACAAGUAAAACCAACAGAUAAUCUUAAGCCUGAAGGCGAGUUCUAUAGUCCUGAAAAGCCGAAGUACCGUCCUGGUGAGCGUCCAUCUCAAGUCAGGCCAGAGGACAACUUGAAGCCAGAGGGUGAUUUCUACACUCCAGAAAAGCCUGGAUAUAGACCAGCAGAGCGUCCAGUCCAAAAGAAACCAGUGGAUAAUCUGAAGCCCGAAGGCGAAUUCGUCGCACCUGAGAAACAAAUUUAUCGGCCAGCAGAGAAGACCGAAAGAGUCGUAAGAAAGGAUAAUUUGCAUUCCGAAGGAGAGAUGACAUUUGUGGAAAGAGAGGAAUAUAAAUAUGUUGUUCGUCCUGAACAGGUGAAGCCAACGGAUAAUCUCAAGCCUGAAGGAGAUUUCUAUAGCCCUGAAAAGCCCAAGUAUCGCCCAGCAGAGCGGCCAUCUCAAGUUCGACCAGAGGAUAACUUAAAACCAGAAGGUGAUUUCUAUACUCCAGAAAAAUCGAAGUUUAUGCCCGUUGAGAGACCUAAACAGAAGAAACCACAGGAUAAUCUGAAGCCUCUUGAUGAAGGCGAGUUCUACAGCCCAGAGAAGCCGAAGUACCGUCCUGGUGAGCGUCCAUCUCAAGUCAGACCAGAGGACAACUUGAAGCCAGAGGGUGAUUUCUAUACUCCAGAUAAACCCGGAUACAGACCUGCUGAACGUCCAGAACAAGUAAAGCCAACAGAUAAUCUUAAGCCAGAAGGCGAGUUCUACAGCCCAGAGAAGCCGAAGUACCGUCCUGGUGAGCGACCAUCUCAAGUCAGACCAGAGGACAACUUGAAGCCAGAGGGUGAUUUCUACACUCCAGAUAAGCCUGGAUAUAGACCAGCAGAGCGUCCAGUCCAAAAGAAACCAGUGGAUAAUCUGAAGCCCGAAGGCGAAUUCGUCGCACCUGAGAAACAAAUUUAUCGGCCAGCAGAGAAGACCGAAAGAGUCGUAAGAAAGGAUAAUUUGCAUUCCGAAGGAGAGAUGACAUUUGUGGAAAGAGAGGAAUAUAAAUAUGUUGUUCGUCCUGAACAGGUGAAGCCAACGGAUAAUCUCAAGCCUGAAGGAGAUUUCUAUAGCCCUGAAAAGCCCAAGUAUCGCCCAGCAGAGCGGCCAUCUCAAGUUCGACCAGAGGAUAACUUAAAACCAGAAGGUGAUUUCUAUACUCCAGAAAAAUCGAAGUUUAUGCCCGUUGAGAGACCUAAACAGAAGAAACCACAGGAUAAUCUGAAGCCUCUUGAUGGUAUUAUGUAUACACCAGAAAAAAUUAAAUAUCAGCCUGCUGAUCGACCUGAGCCUAAGAAAUAUGUUGAUAACUUAAAGCCUGAAGGUCAAAUGUAUAUUCCAGAAAAAGACACAUUUAAGCCAGCUGAAAAAGUGAAGACAAUUAUAAGAAAAGACAACCUAAAAACCGAGGGUUCUAUGAUAUUUACUAAAAAAGAGGAGUAUCAUCACGUCAGAAGACCCGAACAGGUGAAACCAACGGAUAACUUAAAACCGGAAGGAGAAUUCUAUACCCCGGAAAAAUCAACAUUCAAGCCAGCAGAACGACCAGUCCAAAAGAAACCCAAGGAUAACUUAAAAACAGAAGGUGAAUUCUAUAAGCGAACAGAUAGAACUGAAACUGACAGCACAACGGUGCUAGAGAGUGUUAAAAGAGAACCUGCCAAGCGACCGGUGGAUAAUCUGAAGCUAGAAGGACCUAUGACUGUGACUAGAAAAGAUGAUUUUAAAACCACAACCAAUAAAACAAAUGUUGACCGAGUGCAGCGUACACAGAAAUACAGGCACAAUAGCUCGACCAUCACCUUAGGUAAUGAUACUUCCAUUCUGAAGACAACCAACCAGAUGAACUAUGUGUCCGGCAAGGAUGCAGUGAAGCAAGUGGAUGUCAACAGUCAAAAGCCAGUCGAUGGUCUAAUUAUUGUUUCUACGAAGAAGGUCACAACGGUUAUCGGGGGCCGUGGGAAAAAGGAGCCGGAAACUGAGUAUGUGAAGCGGCCAGCUAAGAUAAAUGUUAUUGAGAAUGUGUCCAAAAACACGACUACUACAAAUAUUGAGAACACACAGAACGUACACAAGGAAACAACAUCGAUGCAACGAAAUCUCAAUGUAUUAGAAAAAACAGCUGUAAAAACUGAGCAAAUACGUGGAACAACGGAUGAUACAAGAGCUCUUCAAACAUCAACAACGACAAGGCGAACUAACCAGGAUGACCGAGAUGUGACUCAAACGGGAGGCUUAACGUCCAAAACAGUCUCAGAUAGGACAGUUACUAACAAUGUCACCGAAACUGGAGGCUCAACAUCUCGUAUAGUCACAGGCAGGACAGUGACCAACAAUGUGACAGAGACGGGAGGCUCCACAACCCGUAUAGUUUCCGGCAAAGUUGUAACUGGAGAUACCACAUCUACCGCAGCUACUGGCCGUACAACUAUUAACAAUGUGGCUGACACAGAAGGCUCGACAACUCGUAUAGUCUCCGGUAAAGAAGUGACCAGGAACGUGGGAGAUGCUGGAAGCUCCCACAUCGUCUCGAGCAGCACAACUAGUAAGAAUGUAAACGAGACUAGAGGUUCAACCACUCGCAUUGUCUCUGGUAAAUUAGUGACAACGAAUGUUGCUGAAACGCGCAGCACUCGUAAUGUAACUGAGACUGGAGGCACAACAACCCGUAUAAUAGGCGGCAAACUAGUCACAACGAAGGUCAACGAAUCAGUAGGUUCCAAUUCUCGCACAAUCUCGGGAAGUCCAGCCUCAAAUAAUAUCAAUGGAGGAUCUACAUCUCGUAUGGUUGACAACAGUUCGGUGACUAACAAUGUGAGUGGCAGUUCGUCGAAGCACUUCCAUCACAGGAAGAGUGAGUUCUCUUCGGAAGCGGAUGUUUCCAACUCAAUCUUCCAUCGAAAGAACGUGUCAACCGAGUCAAAUCCACUCAGCAGCAGUCUGACCUCCAAUGGCAAAAUGCAGCGCAAGAGUAUUCUGAAUCUACACGAGCAAUCGCCGAGCUGCAGCGCCCAUUCACCUGAUCGCCAGAGCUACAGUAGCAUCCACCGCCAGAACAGGGAAUCGGAUUUGAGUACUAGCUACUCCACGGAUCGUCGCAGUUGCAGCGUGCACAAGGAAAACAAGGAGCAUCAUGUGAAAACAUCUACGUCUUCCUCGUCCAUGUCACGUAUUAUAUCUGGCGGCGAUACAAAUCGAUCGAACCUGGAGAGAUCGACACUCACACGAACAAAUGCAUCGAGCGGAGUUGAUUUUCCAUCGCAAUCGCAGUCGCAGACUCAUGUUACGCGUCAUCGCAACGGUGCUAACCAACAUUUGUCCAGUGGCAUCGACUUCGCCUCCUCCUCCUCCUCUUCAGCCUACAAUGUCCAUGGCCAGAGCGAACGUAUUGUGACCACAAGACGCAGUAAUCAGUCAUCGAUUAGUCUAGGCAGCGACAAGUUCACUGGCUCGAGUCUCUAUAAGAGCGAAUAUAUAACUGCCCCAGCAACAGCCUGUGCUGUUCAUAAGAUUAAACAAGGUGCAUUCCAGCCUACCAGAAGUACGCACGAUCAUAAAUUUUACAAAACCUCCAACUAACUGAUAAUUAACACACAAAUUUAUGCUCGUACGUUUCUUGUCUUGUCAAGUCUUGUCUUCAUAUCAUAUCACAUAGUGCCUAAGAUUCCAUGACAAUAUUUUUUUAUACAAUAUAUCUACUUACCUGAAGAA